AAGCGUGUAGAUGUUUAAACAUUGUAUUGCAUGAUGGACUAUUAAAGGGGACCCCAUAUCAAAUUGAGAAAAUAGAGAAGGUGAAACAUAAAUGCUGCUUCAUACUGUGUGCCUUGAUGUUGCAACGCAUCUUACCUGUCAACUGUUGUGCAGGAAGCUGCAUGCUCGUCUAGGCUACACAAUCUGCUCUCGUUUAAGUUCUCCGCUUGUUUACUUACUUUACGAGUUUACCUACUCCUGAAUUACUUACACACCUUCACAUAAUUCGGCUUUGAUGGGCUGUUUGCCAGGUUAUAGUGUAACCAGACGGAAAGGAGUGGCGAGAGGCGGUCCCAGAGGGCAGACGCAGGUGAGAGGUUUGAGUUUCACGCUCCUCGGAAGUGUUAAAAUUGAGCCUGGGAGAUCAUCUGUCAGUCAGUGAAAUUGGCAGCGCACUAAACUAAUCGCAAAGUUUGUUGUAUACGGCUUGUGUGACUAUGCAUGUUCGCAUCAGGAUUGUUGAGCAGGAGUUUAAGCACGAGUGGCGCAUUUUGUCUUUGUCACCCCAAGACGACGUGCGUAUUAUUUCGUGGAUUUAGACGUUCCUUCUCUUCAGACUGCCAGACUCCGUGGGAAGUGGGUGAUGUUGAACAUGGAGGAUUUGAAAGCCCCUGUCAGAUUUUUCCACAAGUCUUCAUUCAGCAUCAGCAGCCUGCUGUUUCGACGAGAGGGAGUGAUGAGUGAUGACGGUGCCGUGCUGGAUGGGCAUCUUUCCAGAAAACACAUUUCUUCGGGGCCAUCUACUAGGCCUAAAGAAAUUUGUGCUCAAGAUGGAACAUAUGAUUUACAUGGAGACAAAAACUGUCAUAAAGAAUACGCAGUCCAAGAGGACAAACGACUCUCCAGAAAUGGAGAAAGGGAAGACGGAGAAGAUACCGAUGGAGUGGGAGAGGUGAAGACAUGUGGAGGAGUAGAGGGAAAAGCUAAACCGGAGAAACCUCCUUUCAGCUAUAACGCAUUGAUAAUGAUGGCUAUUCGCCAGAGCCCGGAGCGAAGGCUUACCCUCAACGGCAUUUACGAGUUCAUCAUGGGCAACUUCCCUUACUAUCAAGAAAAUAGACAAGGAUGGCAGAAUUCAAUCCGACAUAACCUGAGUUUGAACAAGUGCUUCGUCAAAGUACCUCGCCAUUAUGAUGACCCAGGCAAAGGCAACUACUGGAUGCUUGACCCUUCAAGCGAGGACGUGUUCAUAGGUGGCUCAACUGGUAAACUCCGGCGCCGUUCCACGGCGGGCACCCAGACAAAGCUGGCAAUAAAACGGGGUGCCCGUUUGACCUCCACCACUGCCACCGGGCUGGCGUUCACUGGGUCCUUUUAUUGGCCGGUGCCAUCGUUUCUAAACCUUCAACCUCCUGCGAACUCACACCCGGGCAUGGGGUCAUAUGUAGGGCCCAAUCACUCCAACUAUGCCACCUCGAUCCUUUCUCAACGGUCACACCACAUGAGUGCCAUAAAUGCUGGAGCAGACCGACUCUUCCAAACAAACCAGGAAUCAUCUUAUUUUGGCAUGGGUGCAGGCGCGCAGUACCGUCGACAUCACCAAAUGAGCGCAGCCACAACAUUCGCCUCUUCAUCGUUGCCAUGCACUUUGUCUCUCCCUAACCCUUGUUCCUUUAACCUGCUCAACCGACAAGCUAGUUAUUUUUACUCGCAUCACCAGGUACCCCACCCGGCGACAUUCAAUACAUGGUGCCAGGAGGAGUACCCCCCAACCAAGGCAUCUCCAGCCGGACCCGUUUACUCCGGAAAAAAUGGGCCAUCGGAUUGCUUGGGGAGUUUGUGUGCGGAGUUCCCUAAUUAUUUUCCCUCAAGCAGCCCCAUGAGCUCCCUCAACACCAAUCUUUCUUGGGAUGCAGGGAAAUGACCAUAUUUAAAUUAAAAACGUCAGUUUCUCUUUAUGGAUGAAAAUCUUUCUAAUGUCUGCCAAUGCUGCGAAAUUGAUUCAAAUAAUUUAUGUGAGUUUACUAUUUCCCAAAUAGGCAUAUCUGUCUUUGGAAAGAAAACAAUUAUUUAAUAUUUUUUAAAUUAAUAUUAAUUUAAUAUUGCCAAUCACGCUUUAAUGUGCAAUUUCAUCUAAACGUACAAAAAAAACGCCAUUCACCAUUAAAAUAGUUUUCAGUGCAAUAACCUAUAAUUGUUGUAUUAUUUCACGAAUAAUUAAUGGUCAAUAGUUGUGGUGCUUUCAGAUCAUAAAAAAAAAAAAUAUUCCUUUCGUUAGUAUUUUAUUUUGUAUUUUAAUAGACCACUAAUUAUACAUCACAAGAUGAAAGAGAGAUGAGAAAAUUAUGCUGUAUUUUAAUUAUUGCGCAUGAAGUAAGAGUUUCAUAAUGAGGAAUAAUGUCGUGAAAAUAACAAACUAUUUGGUAUCUGUGAAGGUAAUUAUCAUGGUCGAGGUUGUUAUUGCGAGAUUUUACAUCAUCGUUUAGGCUACUUUUACACAGGCUAAACUUCUCUCUGAGAAGUUUGUAUUCGUUUUUUUCGUUCUUGGUGUUAUAACUUCGUUUUGCGAUUCGUAGGCUUAGUUCUUAGGGAUGUGGGCUAUAUGAAACAUUAACCAUUUAAUUAAAAAAUAAAAUAAAUAAAAAUAUCUUGUCCGACUGUGUUCCAUAGGUGCUCUCCAGAUAUUUCCAUUAAUAUAACAUAUCUUCUGACAACUGGAUGUGUUUUAACAAUUCACUGUUAUUAUCUUAAAACAAACUUGAAAGAACAAUUGUCUUCAUAAAUGUCCUCUAUCAAUCUUAUUGUAUGUAGCCUCGUUAUUCUUAUUGUGUUACUUUUUAUUAUUACUUUUUAUUUGAGUCUACAUGGUAAAUAUUUUCUUAUCUCUUGAACUGCACUGUUGGUUAAGGGCUUGUAAGUAAGCAUUUCAUGGUAAAGUCUACACUUGUAUUCAGCGCAUGUGACAAAUAAAGUUUUAUUUGAUUUGAUAUUGCUUGAUGAAGGUUGUGCGUAAUUAAUGGUUUGCCCUUUGGUCAUCUUUGGUCAUGUCUGAAAAAGUAUUGGAAAUAUAGUGUUUACUCUGAUGCUAUUAAAAUAAUGUAUACAUUACAGACAAAAGACCAGAAUUAUUUUGAUGUUCCUGAAUUAAAGGUAAAAGUUCCUCAUAAAAAUAUAUAGGCUAAGAUUUUUCUCUGUAUGCACUAGCCUAUUACUUCAAAAUCAAAUCUGCAGUGAUUGUCUCCAUUUGUGUUUGUAAAUGUAUCUCAAUUGUCUCAAUGCUCAAUAUGACACAAUGCUGUGUUAUGCACUUCUUACAUUUUAGAAAAUAACUAUACUAAAUAUGCUUUGAGAAAUGAUUCAUCCCAGAGGUGGUGACUGUAUGUCUUGCAUGAUUUGUACUGUAUCUGCACUAGCUAUCUUUUUCCCUUUUAAGCCUGAAAAUGUUUGUUUACAGGGAACUCUGUGCAUGUCAUAUACUGUAGGCUAUACGUGUAAUUAAUUUGAUCCAUUUUAUAAUGUGUGUGCAAUAAAAACAAAAAUAGUGAUAU